AUAAAGAAAAUGAGCUUCGGCUGAUGCAAAAUCUUAGGUCUGCAGGAACACAAAAGGAUCCUAAAGAACACUUCUUGCUUGAUCUACAGAUAAAAGUGAUUGCUAAGAAUGUUGAAAAAAGUGCUGACGGGAAUCAAAAAGUUUAUGAAGUAAUGAGAGACUAUAUCCAAAAUAAAUAUGAUAAGACUGGAUCGCCUUUUGAUGUAAGAUCAACUGAUACACCAGUCUAUCACCUCCUUGAUUACAUCAAGACCAUAGAAAAAUGCCAUAUCGUUGAUAUUUCUCUCACUAACCAAUCGUCAACCGACAUACAAAUCAACUGUCUCAGUUCUGUGGCCAUGGAAGAUUUUCUUAAGAGUAUCAACAGUAUCGAGUUUGAACAAGAACUGUUUAAGCUUAGACGAUGGUUAUAUGUGCAAUAUGACAUUGAAACCCAUGUCAUAAUAGCUAAUUGCUCGUCAAAAGGCAUAGAAAAAGCAAACAAACAACUGCACUUUACUGGUGUAACCAGAAAUAUGACUUGUGCAAAGCAUCAAAAUACACAAUGUACUCUCUAUUGUCCUGACCAUGACACGUUUUUCUGCACAGCAUGCAGGGAAUCAAAACAUAGCACAUGUCAUGGCAUAAAACAACUUAUGUCUGAAAGGUCUUGUGUUGAACAGAAACGUCAACUAAACCUCAACAGUACACAAGGAUCAUAUAAUGUUAGCAUAAUUAAUACAUUGAUAAAUAGAGACAGCAAUGAUAAAUCCAAGUGUUAUAUCUAUAGUAUGUGUAUGCUUCCUAAUGGUAAAGUUCUCCUUGCUGAUAGAUAUAAUUACAGACUGAAGAAAUUAAACAGUUCGUACAAGGUAAUCAGUUACUGUGAUGUAACUGCAAUUCCUUUUUCUGUAUGUUAUAUAGGCAACGAUACAGCUGUUGCUAGUUUAGGAGAUACCAUACAGUACGUGAAUGUGUCAGGUAAUAUAACCCUAAGACAAUUAGUGAAGCUAGAUCAUAAAUGUUACGGUCUAGCUUGUCACGGUGACAUACUCUAUGUUAAUAGUGGUGACACAAUUUACAAAUAUGACAAAGAUAAAUGUGAACAAAAAUACGUUCUCUAUCAAAAUGGUGAAAAUCUGCACAUGCCUUACACAUUCGUGCACCCAAUUGCUAUAAGCGACAAUGGGGAACGUGUCUACUUCAGGUCAAAUACAGGACUAACCACAAUAGAUGCCGAAGGAAAUCAUAUAUUCAUUUCUCGCAAUAGUGGUAUAUUUGAAACUUGUAUUGCUGGAGAAGGUAUUAUUCUUGUAUUAGGUGAAACAAACAAUCUUCAUCAGCUAGAUUAUAAUGGAAAAAUACAUCAAACUGUAGAUCUCAAUUCCAUACCAUUUCCGACCACUUCGAUGUAUACUAUGUGUUUUGACAGAGAAAGAUGUAGACUUAUUGUUGGUGGUGUUGAUAACAUGAUAUAUGUUUACAAAUGUGAGAUUUUGCCAAGUUAAUUGAUAAAUUUGUUUUGGUAAACCAAGAACCAAAUGAAAAAUCUCUGCUAAACUAAUUUAAAUAAUCAAAUCAUUCCAAUUAAUAAUUUUGUAAGUUGG